GCUACAAAAUACAAUAGUGCUUGAGGGAGAAAACAAGAAACAUUAGCAGGAAUUAGAGAAAAAAACAGAAAGCGUACAACGACACAGCGUCCGUAUAUCAUAAAUAUCGGAUUAAGUUGAUGGAAAGAGAAAAUAGAAAGGAGAGAAAACGGUGAAUAUUUGGUCGGGCUGAUAUUUAAAUAAAAGUGGGCGGAGCUUUACACUCACACACACACACACACACACACACACACACAUACAGCGUUAAGUUGGAUUUGGAUUCGGAUUCUGAUGCGUUUCGGUGGAAAUCCUGUUUUUAUUCAGAGCAAAAUCACAACCAGGAGGAAGAAAGAAUAAAAAAAAAGCGCAGACAGUGAAGAUCAAAAGAAAGAAGUCAUGGCGACAGACGGGGGGAAAUCAGGUGGUGGUGAAAAGGGAAAUAAAGGAAAAACAUCAGCACAGGAUGCACAGCCAUCUCCUCUCGCUCUGCUUGCAGCCACGUGCAGUAAAAUAGGCGGCGUGGGCGGGGAGGGGCAGGCCGGGGUACAGCAGCAGAUCAUCAUUGACCCCAGCCAAGGGUUAGUUCAGCUCCAGAACGCCCCUCAGCUGGAGCUUCUCCCGCCUCAGUUCACAGGAAACGGCUGGCAGAUCAUCGCCGCUUCGCCUGCCACACCUACUGCAACUGUAACCAAGGACAACACACAGGCUCCUGGCGUGGCCACCUUAGCAACCGGGACCAGCAUGGUCCCCGUUGAUGCCACACCCGGGCGAAAGGUUAAAUCGACCAGCGUGAACAAUACAUCAAUGGCACAGCAGCAGCAGCAAUUUCAGAUCAUCCAGGUCCAAAACAUGCCAAAUUCCACAGGAGGGAUCCAGUAUCAGGUGAUCCCACACUUACAGACCGCUGACGGUCAGCAGAUCCAGAUAAAUCCCAGCAACCCAACCACUUUAAGCGUCCAGCCUGAGCAGAUUCAACUCAUUAACACCUCUAACAACCAAGCCAUCCUGGCCACGCCUCCGAGAGCCACGUCAGCCAACGUAGUUUCCCAGAAUGUCACAAAUCAGGCCAUCCCUGUGCAGAUUCGCCCCUCAUUUCCUCUGCAGCUGCAGACCAUUCAGGGUACCCAAGCCCCUGUGGUCACUACAAUACCUAUAAACUUUGGCGGCGUCACUUUGGCUCUGCCCGUCAUCAACAACGUGGCCGCAGGAGGAGGAUCUGUGCAACUGUUGCAGUCGAACGACGUGAACGUAGCCAACGGCAGCCAGUUGAUCACGACCAGCAUAGAAUCAACAUCCGGGACCACCAGCUUGACAACCUCAGGGGGCGUGGAUUCCAUUUCUGCAGAAGCUACAGCCUUAACCUCAGUGUCUAUGACAUCUGAUGCAGGUGCCGAGGGGCAGAAAGACGUACGGUCCCAGGGAGGCGAUCCUGACAGCCAGAGCAUGUCUCAAUCCAACGGGCUGCAAGUGUCCGAUCAGCAAGCCCAAGUGCAGCAGUUCCAUAUCGUUAGUCACCCGGUGCUCCAGCAGAUCCAGAUUCAGCAGCCGCAGCAGCAAGCGCAGGUACAACAGCAGCCCCAGCAGCUGGUCCAGGGCUCCAUCCAGUUGCAGCCAACUCAGACACUGCAGCCGCUACAGCAGAACGUCCAACUUCAGGCUUUCCAGAACCCAGCGCAGGUCCUGAUCCGGGCUCCCACGCUCACGCCAACCGGCCAGAUCAGCUGGCAGACGGUGCAGGUCCAGAACACAGGUAUGGCUCAGCAGCUCACGCUUGCCCCAGUGGCCUCAAGUCAGAGCGGCGGCGCUUUCACACAGAUAACUCCCCUUGCCAUCGGAGGAACACCCAUCACGCUGAACACGGCCCAGCUGGCAUCGGGGACGGGCAUGCAGACGGUCAACAUUGCAGGCCUGAGCGCCGCCGGGGUCCAGGUGCAGGGUGUCCCUCUCACCAUCGCCGGGGUGCAGGGCCAGCAGCAGGGUCAGGAGGGUGUUAAGGUCCAGUCCGGCCCAGUGACCGUCACUGUGGGGAACUUAACCAACGCCAGUCUGAACGCAGUGAGUCCGGACCAGCUGGGUCAGGCACAGAGCCCCUCGGAGCAGGAGGGACAGCCAAGCAAGAGGCUGCGCAGAGUGGCCUGCUCCUGCCCCAACUGCAGAGACGGAGAGGGCAGGAACAACAACGACCCGUCAAAAAAGAAGCAGCACGUGUGUCACAUGGAGGGCUGCGGGAAAGUCUACGGUAAGACGUCUCACCUGCGAGCUCACCUGCGCUGGCACACCGGAGAGAGGCCCUUCGUCUGCAACUGGAUCUUCUGCGGAAAACGAUUCACGAGGAGCGACGAGCUACAGCGGCACCGCAGGACACACACGGGCGAGAAGAGAUUCGAGUGCCCAGAAUGUUCCAAGAGAUUCAUGAGGAGCGACCACCUGUCGAAGCACAUCAAAACCCACCAGGGCAAAAAAGGAGGCGCUGCACUGGCCAUCCUCACCACCGAGGACAUGGAGGACGAGGGAGAGGAGGAGCUGAUCUCCCCACGGAUCGUCACCGUCGCAUCAAUCUCGCAGGAUUCCAACCCGGCCACGCCUACGACGUCUAACAACCUGGACGAGGAGUUCGAGUAGAGAAGCUCGGGGCUCCACUCAAAGCACCAUGUUAUAUAUAUAUAUAUAUAUCAGCUUUUAGUUUGUCUGUCUUUUAUUUGUUUGAAAUUUCUUUUUUUUCCCUGUUCUUUUGAGAAUGGACAGCUCUCAGAGUGUGACGGCUUUUCAGAUUUUUCAUAUGAAAAUGUAAAAAAAAAAAAAAAAAGUUAUAAUAGAAAAGAAUCUAAAGAUUAUAAAUUUACCAUUUGGUUUUUAAGAGACGUAGAGCGAUUAUCAGAAAGGAGAUGAGAUUUCUCAGAGAGCGUUUUAUUUACAUGAGCACGAGGAGGGAUCUGUUGUUCCCAGUACACAAAUCCACUAUGAAGAGUCUUUUUUCUUUAGGAUUAAUUAAUUCUGUCUCUAUGCACAAAAUUUUACAUCUUUUCUCGAAUUAUGGAUCGACUUAUUCCGGAGAGCGAGGAGUUGUUGUAGAUGUAGGUUUUAAACGGAACCCAGCCAGUGGUUUUCGAAUGCAGUCGGAAGAGAUUUGGGACCGAACGGCUCGACACGUACGCGCCGGUCGACACCGAGUCAAUCUUAAUAAGCAGCAUGGCAUCAGCAGGCGGCCGUCCAGCAGCCGGUACGGUCUUAGACCUUAGAGCAACUAUAUGUAUGCAGAUCUCGUGUAAACCUACGAGAGAAAAGAAGAAGAGAGGAAGGAGAGCACCUGACACUGAUGUAAAGGGUCCUAAAAAGCACAAAUUAAAAAACACAUAGAUUUAUAUUUAAAAGAAAAAAGAGAUAGAGAGAACGAGAUGAUACAUUCCUAUAUGAAUAGAGGGAUGGUGUUAGGAGGCAGGAAAAAAAAAAUAAAACCACAAGAGGCAAAUUUGGCUUCCUGAUAUUUGCUACGUUAAAUGAAAGCAAUACUAUAAAGACAAUCCUUGUGAAAUCAUGUUUACAUUAAAUAGGAGGCAGAACAGAUUUUCGUUUAAGACGUAGAACAAAAGGAAACCACAGCAAACAGCCUAAAGGUCUUUUUUGCGUCUCAAAAGUCAUAUGAACUGUCCUACAAUGCCUUAACACAGUGAUGAGCGAGAGGUUCGCAGU